CAUAUUCUGUGUCAAAACCUCGUUUCACGUGCUUUUAUCUAAGUUACAGUAUAACAAUUUAAUUAACUUAGUGAACUAGCAAUCAAAUAUUAAAGAAAAUGAAGCAUAAACGGUUCGAAGAAAAUAUAUUAGUCGACGAAGCUUACACAAACUACGGUAAAGUUGAUAAACAAGCGGACGAAAAGAAAGGUUCUGGAAUAGCGAAACAUUUCGCUGAAACUUUAGAAUAUGCAGAUAAAAAGAAAUGGUACCAACAGUUGCCAGAUGAACCAACAUCAACUAAUAGUUUACCGGCUGAGAAAGUGGAGGAGCUUAGGAAGGAGGCGAGCAGUGCUUUACAUGGUGAUACAUUAGCUUAUGAAACCAAAUCAAGCAAAAGUGGUUCAUCAGACCAACAGUGGGCUCGAACAUUACUUGCUAAAGGUACAAUAGGGGACAGAGUUGCCGCAGCUACUAUAUUGAUACAGGAUAACCCGCUUUACAACUUAACAGCUUUAAAAAAUCUUAUAAGUAAUGUAAAGCCUGCUAAGAAAAAGGAUGGAAUAGUUAUAAUAGAUGCAUUAUCUGAGCUUCUGAUAUCAGAAUUGCUCAUCCCAGAUGUAAAGUUACGAACAUUCACACAGCAUCCCUUGGAUAAGAUAGAUGAGAUGACGUCUGGGAACAAACAAGCGAGACGGAAUAUAUUGAAACUUUGGUACUAUGAAGAUCAGCUCAAAGAGUUAUAUGGAACGUACGUAGAGGCGUUAAAUAAAUUCUCACAAGAUUCUGUAGAAGCGAAUAAAGAAAAAGCAGUUAGUGCUAUGUCUUACCUUCUUAUGCAUCAUCCUGAGAGAGAAAAGAUGCUCUUAAUGUAUAUAAUAAAUAAACUCGGUGACCCCAGUCAAGCAGUGGCGUCGAAAGUCAUUUACCACCUUUGUCAACUGCUAUACAAUCAUCCGAAUAUGAAAAACGUUGUUUUAGGUGAAAUUGAGAAAAUGCUGUUUAGAACUAACAUUUCACCUCGGGCACAGUACUAUGGAGUGUGUUUCUUGAAUCAAUUCUUCCUGGGUAAAGAUGAUAGCAAAGUUGCUGAAAACUUAAUUAGGAUAUAUUUUUCUUUUUUCAAGGCUUCUAUUAAAAAGGGCGAGAUCGACUCGCGACUCAUGUCCGCCAUCCUGACGGGCGUGAAGCGCGCGUACCCGUUCGCGGACCGCGAGCGCCUGAGCGAGGCCGCCGCGCACACGGACGCCGUGCACCGCCUCGUGCACCUGGCCGGCAUCAACGUGGCCAUACACGCGCUGGCGCUGCUGUACCACACGAGCGACGCGUCGCGGGGCGCGUCCGACAGAUAUUACACCGCCCUCUAUCGGAAACUAACAAACCCAGACAUAUUCAACACGACCCACUCUGCGCUCCUGUUCUCGCUUAUAUACAAAUCAUUGAAACAAGAUAAGAACAUAGAGCGAGUGACGUCGUUCAUAAAGCGUUUGUUACAACUCUGCUGUUAUAUGACACCAGCACAGGCCUGCGGUAUGCUUUUCUUGAUAUCUCAGGUAUUGAAAAGUGGGGAUAAAAAGGAAGCCAUUAAAUUGGUUUGGACGAAAAAGGAAAUAAAAGUGGAAAAAAAAGAAGAAAAUGAUACAAAAGGAGAUGGAGAGAAUACGGUUUUAGAUAUAAAUGACACGGCAGAUAAGAGCAUAGAGGAGAUUGAAGAAGAGAAAGUAGAGCAGAAGAAGAUUGAUCUUCUGAAAGGAGAUAAGAAAGACUUGUUGUUAGACGAUGACGAAGAAGAAACCUAUGUGGAUCUAAAAAUCGAUGACCAGGGUAACAUAAAGCCUAAGAAGCGUCACGCUACUUCCGUCACCGGUUGGUUCCACGCGAAGGUCACGUCUAGCAACGACCAGGGAGACACGCAGGACAAGGAGACCGCCAAUAAGAUACAGCUCAAGAAGAGUUUUAAUAUGGAAAAGGUGACGACAGACUACAACCCCUUUGCCCGCAACCCCGUCUUCUCUGGAGCCCACACCUCUGCUUACUUGGAGCUGUUGCCACUGGCGAAGCACUUCCACCCCACCGUCAAACUGUUCGCGGAAAAACUCAUAAACCAACAAAUAAUUCAGUACAGCGGGGACCCGCUCAAAGACUUUGCGGGUAUACGAUUCUUAGAUAGAUUUGUAUUCAAAAAUCCCAAAAAACGUACGGAAAAACAAGUUGAAGAGGGUGAGGUCAAAAAGGUCAAAGGGUCACAUCCGAAGUUUGCCGUAAGAAAGAAUUACUCUGCUAAAGGAUUAAAGAGUAUACCGGUCAACUCGUCGACAUAUUUGAAUGAAGAUGCCAAGAAGAUUCCUGUGGAUGAGAAGUUUUUAUACGAUUUCCUACAAAAGCGUCGAGAAACCAAGGAUGAUGGUGAUGAUGACAGCGAUGUGGAGUCCGUUACCAGUGAAGACUUCGAACAGUAUCUGGACACCGUCACUGGCUCCAAGGCGGCAGAAUCGGAUGAAGAAUUGGAUUAUUUAGCAGAAAUGGAAGCGAUGAAAAAGAGACGACCGAAGAAAGGUGAACAACAAAGUGAUGAUGAACUCGACAACGGUGAUGACGAAGAUGAUGAUGUCGGUGAUGACAAUUUAGUUGACGAAGGUGAUGAAGGUGGCAGUGAGGACGACUUGGAUAUAUCGGCAGAUGAGGACGAACCAGUGUUGUCUGGCGAAGAAGACGGAGGCGAUGAUCUUGGAUCACUUUUCGCUUCAGCAGAAGAAUUUUCAACACUGUUAGAAGAUACCGCAACAAACAAGAAACAAGGUUCAAGUCAAGCUGUGUCUAACACGGACAAUUCAAGCACUAAACAGCUAGCUUGGGAAGAAAAAAGAAACGAAUGGAUCAAAGGAUACAAUAGGAAAAUCCUAGGUCAUAAAAAAAAGAAGAGCAAUAAUAAGAAAUUUAAUAAUAAGAUGGCGGAUAAAAAAGGCGGGAAAAGAAAAGGCGCCAACAUUGACGUAGUCGGCGGAAAAAGGAAAAAAGUCAAUAAAAUAAUCAAAGUAUAAAAAAAUGUUUUAUUAAUUCAUAUGUUGCAUCAGUGGAGCAGCAGAUGUGAAAAUACCUCCAAUCCCAAUCCUACACGGAGAAAGAGGCCUAUGCCCAGCUGUGGGAUGUUACAGGCUGAAUGUUAAUUUAUGUGUUGUUUUAUAUCGUAUUAUUUCAAUAAAGUCAGGAUUUGUUCUA